AAUAGCGAGGAAAUUGUUAUGCUAGAAACUAUGGAAAAUCCGAUCUAGGUUUAAACGUCAAAUCCGCUUCUUUGCAAACAGCGGGGUGUCGAACCUACGCUAUACAUCCGCGCAUAUAUGGUAACGAUCUGUCGGUGCGGAGACCCGCGCGCGCGCGGGGCUCACGUAUCUUACGCAAAAACGCGAAACGAGUCUUGCACGCGGAAUGAAGUUCCGAUGGAACUGGAUUCGCCGAAGACGGGAAAGAUAUACGCCACGGAAUCAAUAAGCUUGACUUCCAGUCGUUUUCCCGGCGCUUUAAUAUCUCGACAGAGGAAAAGCACGAGUGAUAGAAAAGAAGUAGGACGCGACCGGUUAACUGGGGAGAAAACAGAAACUGCGAGGGCGGGACGAGAUAGAUGAAUGAGAGGAGAGACGGAGGAUACGAGAGGGUGCGAAUACGUGGGCGUGCAUUGGCUAGAUGCGAAACACGCGAGAUCGGACCAUCCCCGGUUUAUCGAGAACAAGGAAAAGAGGAUGAAAAAUUGGGAGGAUGAUGGGGGGUGCGAUCUUGAGGCUCUCGAUAGAGAGGCAGAGGGAAAUUGGCGGAAAUAUACGUACGCGCGUGCGUGAGCAGAGGGAGAGACCAAGGGGAGCAAAUCGCAAGUAUAUGCGAGGGUGGGAGAUCCAGAGGGGAAAGACGAGGGGAGCGAGAAGCCGAAGAAGGGGCAGAAGAUAGGCCGGAACUUCAGACGUCUACGGACCUGUCCGCGCGAGCCUCGUUUCCUCCCUUUAAGUUCCGCACUGUUUUUUUCGCGCUAUCAUUUCUUCCGCUAGAGUUAUUAGGCCGCCUUCACCGCCCAGAAGAUCCUGAUUACGAGAUUGGGAUGGCCCACGUCGCGUCCGAUAAUGUCAACGAGAAGAGCUACAUCCUGGACGCGAGAAAGAACUUCGAAGACGUCGGCAGUGUCGGAUCGGAGGAAUCCUACGAUGACAUGAGACGACUGGUCGGGGAGGAGGAGGAAGAGAAGUCCGGCAAAUUUAGUAGCCUGCCGCUCGCGAGCUUCAAUUUCAUCAAUUCCAUCAUCGGCAGCGGCGUCAUUGGAAUACCAUACGCUCUGCAUCAAGCCGGCUUCGGCCUUGGGAUCGCCCUGCUAAUUUUAGUGGCGGCGUUGACCGACUACUCGUUAAUUCUUAUGGUGCGAAGCGGACACAUUUGCGGCGAGAUGAGCUAUCAGGGUCUGAUGCGAGCGAGUUUCGGCCGCGCCGGUUUCUACAUCCUCACGGCGUUGCAGUUCGUCUAUCCGUUCAUGGCGAUGGUCUCUUACAACGUCGUCGUCGGCGAUACGGUCACCAAGGUCCUAAUAAGAGUGACAGGGAUAGACGAGACGAACAUUUUCGCUCAUCGACAAGUCGUCAUUCUCCUAGCGACCCUCUGCAUCACUAUCCCGCUUUGUCUGUACAGAAACGUCGCACGAUUAGCGAAGAUCUCCUUCCUCUCUCUGAUCUGCGUCGGGUUCAUUCUCAUCGCCAUCUUCAUAAGGAUGGACACGAUGUCCGCCAUGGUUCCGAGUCAGAAGGAGAGCUGGAGGUUCGCCAAUUUCCCGGGGGUCGUCCCGUCCGUCGGUAUAAUGGCGUUCGCCUUCAUGUGCCACCACAACACAUUCCUCAUUUACGGCUCGAUCGAGAGAGCGACCCAGGAGAAGUGGAACGUGGUGACGCAUUGGUCCCUCUUCACGUCUUUCCUAAUCGCCGCGGCCUUUGGGAUCGCCGGCUACGCGACCUUCACGUCAUAUGUUCAGGGCGACCUCAUGGAAAAUUACUGCUGGAACGACGACCUGAUGAAUUUCGCCAGACUCAUGUUCAGCGGCACCAUACUGCUCACCUUUCCGAUCGAGUGCUUCGUUACGCGCGAGGUGCUCAUGACGGCGAUCAAGGGCACGGACGAAUUGGAGGGACACGAGGCUUACGUGCCUAACUCGGACCGCAAGUACCUGAUAAUCACCUUGACGAUGGUAUCCACGACAUACCUGAUCUCCAUGUUGACGGACUGCCUCGGUGUUUUCCUCGAAUUGAACGGCAUCCUCGCUGCGGUGCCGCUCGCCUACGUUUUGCCUGGUCUCUGCUACCUCAAACUCGAGGAGGGGCCCAUCCUCUCGUCCAAGAAGCUUCCGGCGCUCGGCCUGAUGUCCGCCGGUAUCCUAGCCGCGAUCUCCGGUCUUCUGCUACUCGUGAUCAACAGUAGUUCAUCCGGUACCUGCUUUCACGGCAAGAUAAUGCCGUAUUGCGUCGACAAUUCGACGGCUAUGUUGCGCCUCGCCACGACGACCACGGAGUCCGUCGACAACUUCGUCUCUAACAUCACGGAACCCGGGAUCUAAGUUUAUAACGGACGAGCACGGUAAAUCUUUAUAGCUUAUUGUUAGUUGUAAGUCUACCAAAAUUGUCGAAUGAAAGUAUAACGUGAUUAAUUUUACGGGACAAAUAACGUUGAUAUCGUUUAAAUCGGACAAAAAUAUAAUAAAUUAUUAAUAAAUUCAAUGAGAGGAUUAUAAUAUAUCGUUACACGCAAAAUAACGCUGCGCAAAUUGUUUGUAAAUCAGGCUUAAAGGAAUUAGCGAUUAUGCUAAUGUCUAAUUGAUAAAUCUCACAUUGUGGAGACUUUGAUAUGUGGGACGUAAAUUUAUAGGAAAAUUUAUAGGAAAAAAAGGAACCGUUUAUGUAAAACAAUCAAGAAUAUUAAUUAUGUUGGAUAAUACUGUUCCCUCCACAAUUCCAUUCCAUUAAGAAAUCAGCACGAUAUGAUUGAGAAAUUUUUAACGCGCGAUAUAAAUCGCAAAAAUUGUCGCAAUAUAAAAUCAAUGCAAUAUCCACGGCUCACAAGCGAGAAAUUCGGGAAAAAUUGGCAAUAGAUAUAUAAACGUUUUUUCCGCCGUUUUUUAGUAAUAUGUAUAGACCUAGGAAUGUUUGUUGCACGCAAGUUUACAGAGUAAUAUCGCAAUCUUUCAAGUUAGUCGUGUGCACAAUGAGCUUGAGAUUCGCGAUUGAAGACUAUUAAUUAAUUCUACGACGCACAUUAUUAGAGAGACAGAAUUUUAAUGUACCAAUCGAAAUAAUUAUUGAACUUUCGAAACUAUUAUUAUACGCAAGACAGAGAGAGAAAGGACUCUUAUAUUUAGUCCUGAUAAUGUUCCAGAGGUAAGGUUCUAAAAUGGGAAAAGAAAUCUCUGCAGUUAUAAGAUGCGCGAGAAUUUCAAAGAAUAUAUAUAUUAUAAUUUUAAAAAAUAGUUAGCGUGAUUAGAAGAUUAUAAACUAGACAACUAACGUACAGAAUACGUGAGCUAAAAUCUCAUUAUAUUUUUAAAAAGAUGUUAUAUAUAGACAAAUGAUUUAUAAGCGAGAAGAUAUAUGUACACACGUACGUAUAUAUCUAUAUGUAUACACUACAUAUUAUGUAUAUGCAUACUGCGUUUGUAUUUUUUUGUGAUAAGGGACUAAUAUUGAAUGUUGAAAGUAAGAAACGAAUUUAUUAAAUGUUCGCAAAUAUGACAAUGAUUCGCGGCUUAAAGAUUUUAUUCAUAAUUUUUUUUAUCUUGUUCGAAUUUUCAACAAGCUCUGCGGAUUUUUUUUUAAAAACUAACACUGAUCGAUUUUUACUUUAUGAGAAGAACUCGUAAAAUCGUAUAUUUAAAAAUAUUUUUUUACAUAUAUACAUAUAUAUUUUUUUGAUACAAUAAAAUUCAAGUAUUGUUCGUUUCCAAUAUGAAAGAUAUAGAUUGCGUUCCGGAAUUUAUUGCCACCACUAAAAAUCUAUAGUACAUGUAACGUGAACAUAUUUUUAAUAUUGACAGUUUAUAUCAGAAUUCGAUAGUAGUGUCCGAUCUCCGAUGAAGCACUAAUCAAAAACUGAUAAUCGUGAUCGGAACGUAAUUAUUCGGAACAGCAUAAAAUGGACCGCGAUAAAAUUUACUAGUAUUUAUCGCUCAGAUUUCGUCUUCUUGCUUGCAAGGUUCAGUUGCAACUCGAAAUAUUUUGCCUUUGAAGAAUUAUAUUGUAUUUUUAAAAGACAAAGGAAGAGAAAAGGGAACCAAAGUGAUUGUAGUGUAUAUGAAAAAUAUAAUUAUAUAAAAUUACAAUGGAAAAAUAAUGCAAUCACGAGGGGGCGGAAUUAAAUUUCUUCUUCCGCAAGUGACGCUUUACAGGAAAGCAAACACUGAUGAGAAAGAGACCACACAUACAAGAGGAAAGUAUUUAUCGCGCGUAAAUAAUUCGCGUACUAUAGCGUGUAAGCCAAAAGAAUCAAAUAUGUCUACCUGUUUACGUAUAUUUGAAUAUAUAGAAGAAUAUAUAAGAAGCCUAUUUGAGAGAACAAUUAUAAGGAGCCCAAAGUUGGUAUUAUUAUAGGAACAGUCACGGCCUAGAGUAAACGGGAUGCGUUAUCGGUGAAUAAACGCGUGAUAAGGCAGAGUAGAGGCGAAAGAGAAAGAGAGAUUCACGUAUGAAAUACGUUCGAAUGUGACUUCUCUCUUUCUCUCUCCCUUUGUUUAAGUGCGCGAAUGUUAUCACGCACAUACACACCCGCUGUUUUGUAUCACGCGAUGUGAAACAGAGAAGACCUCGUCGAGCAGCAAGACUUGUACGUUCGCAGCGAUUAUUAUAUAUUAUAUAUGUAAUACGAAUACGCGCGCCAUACAUUGGCGGUAUUCUUUAUAUAAAUAUAUGUAUAAUUUAACUGCGUGGCGAAAUAAGUGUAAUUAGCAUGUAGCACAUGUACGAGAGGGAAGGACGAGCCUCGCUUUGCGUUUCACGGAGAGAAGCCGCAGCUGCCGCGCACUCGACUUGACGCGGUUCGAUAAACAUUACAUACGUGGUUGUGACAGCCUUACAGUACCUGCUGUAGUAACGUUUAGAGAUUAUUAUUCAUUUAGAUACCGGUACUACGACCGCGGGCAUAACUAAUGAGCGUUACACGAACACUAGCGGAUCCUGAUGUCGAUAAUUGAGGAGAGGAGGGUGAUUUAAUAUAAUUUUUCACUAAACAUCGUAUAUCGGAUAUCGGACAGUUUUGGACACAGUGAAUCCUAUAUAUAAGAAUUUGAUUAACGGUCGCCCGCGUUAAUUGACUUGCAUCAUUUUAUCUAAAUUUUUUUAACGAAUUAAAACUGUUUCCUUUUAAUUUGGAAGGGGAAAGGUUAACCCCAACUUCCCCCCUAGAAUCCGCCAGUGUACACGAAUAACUCUCAUAAUUAAAACAUGCGGAAGUAAAGAAUCCUCUUAACUUCUCCCCUCGCUCUCGUAAUGUGACGCGCUAAGCAAAACGUGUAACGCUAUAAUUUAAGAAAACUCUACAAAAAAAAAACAAAUAAGACACGCGCGUAAGCGACUGUACAACUCGGACUGUCCUGUGAUAUUAUUUUUACGACGCUUUUCUUUAUAAUUUGCUUUUAUGUAGUUCCGAGAUGGAACCUCGAAACCACGUUCGGUACCUGGUUGGCGCGAUUAAAAAGCCAAAAAUCAAAAGGGACUUGACUCGAUACGAACAAUAGACUGAUCUUUUUACGCUUGAAUAUUAAAUUCGACAGUUUCGCGUUGCGAGACGCUGCAUAGUAAAGCUAGUAUCAAUCUGUUGCAUCCGAGAGAAAACGUUACAAGUGCCAAUCUCGACGAAAGAGAGAAGGAAAAUUAGACUAACUCAAUCUUAAUGUCCGUAAAUAACGUAAACCUGUUAUGACUGCUCUAUUGAUGUUAAGUAAACUUUGUAAACACGGGGAUCGUUGAAUGAUAUCCAUAGUAAGGAAAAAGUCUCGGAAAGAAGACCCCCGGAUAUUUCAAAUAACGAAAGCAUUUAAAAAAAACACAUUACGAGCAAGAGAAAAAUCUACAUUUUCAAGCACGAAAUAUAUUUGACAUGUAAAUUUUAUUGCAUGUUUUUUCAUAAAGUAUCUACGUCACAGGUUUACUAUUUUUGGAAUACAUUUUUUGACAUAAUUUGUUUUUAUUCUGAAUAUAAAAAUAUUACGUUACGGAAUAAAAAAUUCGGUGAUUUUUAAGAGAGGGAUAAAUAUUUUAAAUAUUUUAUUAUUUUCGUUAUUUAUAAAAUAUGAAAUAUCCUGAAAUAUAUGUCAAUAAUUUUAAUACUUUUAUACAUACAACCAGAUAAACCGAUUGAAAAAACAUGCGAAAAAAUAUGUUAAAAAUUUGUUUCAUAAAUUUUUCGUUUUUAUUUUUUGGAGGUUGCACAAAUAAAAGACGUUUUCCUUACUGCAUAAAAAUGUGGUUUAUCAUUCGUGCAAUAUUAGUUCUAUUCUAUGUGAUUUUAGAUAAACUUGAUAUUUCGAUGUUUGCCUUGACUUAAACGUGUCAUUUUCUGAGAGCGAAACGGCGGCAACGUGUUUGCAAAGUGUUUCGAAUUAGUUGGAAGCAUUAGGAGAAAGAAGUGACGUUUCCUCCUCGGGGAAGGGGGAGAGAGGGUUACACUUUCUCAAUGCGUGAAAGUGUAGAACAGCGAUGGGAUCACGCAACAGAGGAAAAGACGUUAUUACGCGUGGGAAAAAUAAAUCGCGAUGUAAUUUCGAGCGCGCGCGCGUGUGUGCGUGUGUGCAUGCGUGCGUGAGUGUACGUGUAUGCGUAUUCCGUGUGCGUAGCCGCGACGCGUAAGGUGAUUGCGUAAGGGAUAUAAGUACUUACCUCGCGGACUAAUUACAGCGAGCGAUCGCGCGUUAUUCUCCACCGUGUCGCGGGUCUUCCGACCACAUUUAUUCUGUGAUAGACACACACAUGCGUUUACAAAAAUGGAUGCGCGGGUGUGCAUAACGCGCGCGUACCCGCGAUGCUAUAAUACGCUAUACGAUGUUGCCCAGGUUUACUCCGAAAUAAGAGAUAAAUUGAGACAAUUAAUGCAAAAAAA